UAAAAAAAUAAAAAGAGAAAAUAAACGAAACAAAACCCCGUAGAAGAAAAGCUCCAAACAAAUCCAGAAGAAGAAGAAGAAGAAGAAGAGAAAGAGAAAUUCCUGUUUCGGCUGAAUAAGGUGGAGACCCCAAAUGCGGUCUUUUAGAAGGCCACAGACGAAUACCAUUGAAACAAAAGAGAAGAAGAAGAAGAAAGUAAGAGAAGAAGAAGAAGAAGAAAGAAAAAAGGGGAUUAUAGGGAAGAAUAGUGUGGAUGUGGUAAUGGGAAUUGGAAGGGAAUGGGAGAGUGCGAGAAAAGGAGGUGAAAUUAGGGUUUCUGUUGUUGUUGUGGCGGUGAGUGUUGAUGUUAGGGUGGUGUGCAUCUGCAUAGACGAGAAUGCACCUUCGCUUCUCGCCUAGCAUGAGAAGCAUCACAAUAUCGAGUAACAAUGGAUUUAUUGACUUGAUGAAGAUCAAGGUCGCAGCUUGCCACAUUUCAUAUCGUACCCUCUUCCACACCAUUCUCAUCCUCGCAUUUCUCUUGCCCUUUGUCUUCAUCCUCACCGCUCUUGUCACCCUUGAAGGUGUCAACAAAUGCUCCUCAUUCGAUUGUCUUGGUAGGCGUUUAGGACCAAAGUUUCUUGGUAGGGUUGAUGAUUCAACGAGACUAGUUAGAGAUUUUUACAAGAUUCUUAAAGAAGUGAAAACUGGGGAAAUUCCAGCUGAUCUAAAGCUGCCAGAUUCGUUUGAUCAGCUGGUUUCUGAUAUGAAGAAUAACAACUAUGACACGAAAACAUUUGCGCUCGUGCUAACGAGAAUGAUGGAAAAAUUUGAGAGAGAAAUUAAGGAAUCUAAAUUUGCAGAGCUAAUGAAUAAACACUUUGCAGCAAGUUCUAUUCCUAAAGGGAUUCAUUGUCUAACUUUGCGUUUGACUGAUGAAUAUUCGUCAAAUGCCCAUGCACGCAGACAGUUGCCCCCUCCAGAGUUACUUCCUCUGCUGACUGACAACAAUUACCACCAUUUUAUUCUCUCAACUGAUAAUAUAUUGGCUGCCUCAGUAGUUGUUACCUCUACUGUGCAGUCAUCUCAAAAUCCUGAGAUGAUAGUCUUCCAUGUCAUCACUGAUAGAAAAACUUAUGCGGGUAUGCAUUCAUGGUUUGCGCUAAAUUCUGUCUUCCCUGCUAUAGUUGAAGUCAAAGGUAUUCACCAGUUUGACUGGUUGACUAGAGAAAAUGUUCCAGUACUUGAAGCGGUAGAACAUCAAAAUGGGAUCAGGAAUUACUAUCAUGGAAACUAUGUUCUAGGAGCUAACCUCGAUGAUAUCAAUCUACGAAACUUUGCUUCAAUAUUACAAGCUAGAAGUCCAAAGUACAUAUCAUUACUCAACCAUAUCCGUAUAUACAUUCCCGAGCUUUUCCCGAAUCUUGACAAGGUGGUCUUUUUGGAUGAUGAUGUUGUAGUUCAGCGAGACUUGUCUCCCCUUUGGGAUAUUGACCUAAAUGGUAAAGUUAAUGGAGCUGUUGAAACUUGCAGAGGGGAAGAUGAGUGGGUAAUGUCUAAGCAUUUUAGGAAUUAUUUCAAUUUUUCUCAUCCUGUCAUUUCAAAAAAAUUAGACCCUGAAGAAUGUGCUUGGGCUUAUGGGAUGAAUAUCUUCGAUUUGCGUGCAUGGAGAACAACAAAUAUAAGGGAGACAUAUCAUCAAUGGUUAAAAGAGAAUUUGCAAUCAAACCUAACAAUGUGGAAGCUUGGAACCCUACCACCUGCAUUGAUAGCAUUUAAAGGUCAUGUUCAACCAAUUGACCCUUCUUGGCACAUGCUUGGCUUGGGUUAUCAGAAUAAAACUGAUGUCGAGAAUGUUAAAAAUGCUGCUGUUAUUCAUUACAAUGGUCAAUCAAAACCUUGGUUGAAUAUUGGCUUUGAACAUCUUAGGCCUUUUUGGACCAUGUAUGUCAAUUAUUCAAAUGAGUUUAUUAGAAAUUGUCAUAUAUUGGAGCCAUAGUCUGUCGAAGCGACGAGCCACGGUUUAAACGACAGGGCAUCCUAUAAAAAUGGACAAGUAAAUACCAUUUUCAUCUUAAUUUUUUAUUUUAUGUAUUUCUUUACUUGAGAUUUUUAUUAAGAUGAAUUCGAGAUGACAUAUAGAGAGCAUUGGAUGAAAGGGGAAAAUGAUCAAGACAUUGGAGUGGUUUUGCUACCAUCCUUAUUUUGCAACAUGAUUCCCAUAGUGGUCUUGCCUUCAGAGUCAGAUUCUUGUGACAGAGAAACAAGUCCUUUAAUCACUAUUAUUAGUCUUUUAAGAGGCUAUUAUAGUAGAGAUACCUUAGAGUGAAUAUUGGAGAAUAAACCAAAUUCUGAAGAUUAAGGUCAUGCCUAUUUCAUCAAAUCUAGUUUGAUGCUGACGCUGCUGAGAACACAAGUGGUAGGAUAGCUAUGUUUUUUCCCCUCCAUUUAUUAUUUUUAGUUUGUUAAUUUUAUGAUAGCACCAAGUUUUUUACUAUACACCCAUUUGAUUUGAUAUAUUGAUUGUAAAAUCUAGGAGUAGUUCAUGAGAUUACUUUGUCACAGCUCCAUUGAAUUGGGGGAACUGUCUAUAGGAAAUAUGUUGUUAUUCUUUGUGUACGAUUACCAAAUAUUGGAAAUGUGCAUAUAAUUCUUUUUAA